AUGCAAGGAUCUGGGGAUCUUGACACUGUCCCGAGGUACUUAUAUACUCUGGAUUUCCCAGAGCAUCGAGUAAUCAGUCAGCCAGAUCAAACCCUGGAAAUUCUGAUGAGUGAGCUUGACCCAGUAGUUAAGGACCAGUUCUACAUGAAAGAUGGUGUUACUGCAAAGGAUGUCACUUGUGAGACCGGAACUCGUGACCUGAUACCAGGUUCUGUCAUUGAUGCCACAUUGUUCAAUACUUGUGGGUAUUCAAUGAAUGGAAUGAAAUCGGAUGGAACUUAUUGGACUAUUCACAUCACUUCAGACCAGACGAUUCUCUUGCCUCAGGAGUUUUCUUAUGUUAGCUUUGAAACAGACUUAAGUCAGACCUCCUAUGAUGACCUGAUCAGGAUAGUUGUAGAAGUCUUCAAGCCAGGAAAAUAUGAGACUACCUUGUUUGUUAAUCAGAGUUCUAAGUGUCGCACAGUGCUUUCUUUACCCCAGAAGAUUGAAGGCUUUAAACGUCUUGAUUGUCAAAGUGCUAUGUUCAGUGAUUGCAGUUUUGUUUUUACCAGUUUUGCUAAGAAGCAGCAACAAUAG